AUGUUCACCUUCCAACCACCCUCUCUCUCCUCCCAAGAAAUUGACAUCGCCCUCCAGCACGCGCAACAAGCCAUUCAGCCACCACCACCACCACCACAACAACAUCAACAUCAACCGCGUUUUCCUGGCAUACCGUAUCAAUCGCAAUCGUACCCACUGCAGCCCCUCUACUCCCCCCCCUUCAGUGUUGCAGCGGAUAGCAUAAGUAGCCCCUUCAACAUCGCUAGCACCGCCCUCAGCAGCAACAGCAACAGCAACAGCAGCAGCAACCAUCCCCACCACCUCGUGCCUAACGGGCCGAACAUGAGCACACAAGAGCAGGUUCGCAGAACCAACCUUGCCGCCACACUUGCAAAUGGCAUCGUUAGCCCGCGUGCGAGCCACAUGCAGCUUCAUCCGAUGAUGUGUGCGGAUGGCAGGUUCCCGGCGGAUUUUCAGGUUCCGAGGACUGUUGAGGGGGUUCUCUUGCUUGAUAAUACCCAACUCGACCGUAUCCUCCAAGACUACAAACUCUAA